AUGGAUCCCGUUGCACGAAAUCUCUCGAGUGAUAUAGAGUACUCCUCUGAAGCAUUUAUCGCAACUCUAUUACACGGGAAACCAGAGCAUCAACACUUGGAUGUGUUGACCGAUCUUCUGACAAGAGUUUCCGAUGUCGAUGAGCGUGUUGCUUCAUCUAUUAGUGCCGCUUGGCAGUGGAUAUGUCAGAAUGAUCUUUGGUCUACAAGGUACGAGAGCCUCAGCGACUACCGGAGGGCCAUCGGAUAUACGGAGACUGUACGACCGAUUGUACAGCGGCAUAAAAAGUCGGAGCUAGCGAAACGAUCAAGUACCCAAACAAUAUUUCGGUACUGGCAAGUUCCAUUCGACGAGGCUCUUCCGCCAAAUACUCGUCCCUUAACUUGGAGCAAACAUUUGCUUUCAUUGAUAGCCUGUUUGAGCAAGCACCGAAAUCAUUUAGACUCACUCUCGCUCCUGGACGAAAGCAUGAAAAAUAGGCCAGAACGUGGACGUAAUAAGAACCGACUCAUGGCAAGUGAUGUUCAACGUGCAUUAGAGACUUUAGGGAUACCUCAGGCACGAUUGGCAGUACGGGGAUCAAAAAAACUCCGAAUUUCCUCAAGUUCGGCUCAAAGCACAGGCGCCCAUAAUCGCACUGAGGUUGACCCUUUAUCUUCUACCAUUCAAUCAGAAGUGUUGUCCCGCCCAAAUACACUGUCUCAAGGGAUGUUGUCGUUAGACCCCUCGUCUCCACAGGGGCUACAAACCAACACAAACCAAAAUGAGUGGCAGUGCUGUGGAUGUAUUCCUAUAUGCUUGCCCCUGAUCGCCCUAAUCUCCACCCCCCAGGCGAGGUUCGAUAAGAGGCUUCUGACGGCAUUAGUGGACUGGGCUUACACCAUGUCGUGGGGUAGCUUUUGCUCAGAGCACCUCACACGCCUUGCGCGGUUUAUUUCCGGAGCAGACUCGCGGGGUCGAACUAGAGCUGAUACAAUUCAGAAGUUGGAGAGUUUCUGCUCGCGUGAAUGCUACAGUUCCAUUAGCGAUCGUCCCUCCAUCUCCACUCCCAACCUUUGUUCAAAUACGGAGCUCCUAUGUCGCUAUACUGGGUCUGCUGAUGCGUGGUGGCGUUGGCAAAGGGAUGGAUUUCUCCACGUACCUGGAUUCUUUUCCUACAUGGAAGAGCUUGGUGUGUUCAAACGGGCCCGAAGGUACCUUGACAGAAGCGGUACCAAGAAAGAUUACAAUUUGACACUCAGUCGAAAUGCGAUCUACAGCAUGAUAUCCCAAAUGAUACAACGGGAUCCAGCUUAUUAUGCUGUUUUAGUCGCAUGCAGACCGGAUCAACAUUGGAACCUCAUUCAUCGCCCAGGCCAACAUCAACAAAGGACAGUGUUUCAAAACGACGAUGUUGGGUUCGGUGUCCCAAUUGACUGUAUUAAAUCACUGGUCCAAGGAGAAGGUACAAGCGAUAUCCAGAGUACUGUCAUCCUCCCGACCUGUGAUACUGCACAAAAGAUCCGACUGGUCCCAGGAUUUCAUCGCCAAUUAAACUCAUGGCUGCAGAGCUCACUGGAAUUGAAGUAUGGAAAUGCAUACAAGGUAUUUGGUGAAGCUCGAGACAUUGUGGUACAGCCAGGUGAUUUGGUUAUCUGUCUUCCGCAAAUUCUCCGUUGGCCAACGACCUUUUCUUCCUCAAAUUUUCUGAACCUGUCACAGAUUGGACCGGACAGCAGAUUCUCUACAAUCACCGAAAGACUCGGUGCGAUGUAUGCUACAAAUAGUUCAACCCAGGCCUGGCAGCUGCCAGAACCGCACUUUCACGAUGCUGAAAGAACAGGGGAUGAAUAUCAUGCGGCGAAAGUGUGCCUUACUGAGGACACUUGGUACAGUGCCUCCAGUGCCAUAGGCCAGGCAUUGACAGGUGAUCUUGAUUGGGGUAGCGACAGAGCGAGCGAAGAAAGGGAUUGUGUGCUCGGCUCCCAUGGAGCAACAGCAGUUGAACUUGUCGCUAAAUCGCGAGGGCAGUUGGCAAAGCACUUUCACAAGCUCUGUGAUUCAAUUGAGCAAGGCUCAGAAAUAGACACUGAUUGCGGAAUGGACAUGUGGAAGGAACGAGACGAUGCACCAGAGUCUUUCCAAGAUCAACAUGAAUAUCUUGAGACCCCAGAGUCUUUCAUCAAUCCUUUAAUGUCAACCUCACCAACAUGGAACAAUCCUUCUCUGGAUGAUAUGGUGGCAGACUUGGACGAUAAUUUUUCUCAACAGCCGAUGUCUUUUAAUUUGCCUUGA